AUGGUGAACGUACCAAAACAACGCAGGACUUACUGCAAGAAAUGCAAGGUCCACAAAGUUCACAAGGUGUCACAGUACAAAAAAUCUAAAGAAAGACACGCUGCCCAAGGUAGAAGACGUUAUGACCGAAAACAACAGGGUUACGGUGGUCAAUCAAAGCCCAUCUUUAAAAAGAAGGCGAAAACUACAAAGAAAAUUGUUCUCCGUCUUGAAUGUGCAGACUGCAAAGUGAGGUCUCAAGUAGCCCUCAAGAGAUGUAAGCAUUUUGAGCUUGGAGGAGACAAGAAGAGAAAGGGACAGAUGAUUCAGUUCUAA